ACGGGGACCAGCAGUCCGUUGGUGCUCCUUUGACGACAGGCAGCAGAGAGGAGGAGGACGAGCAGAAAGAGAGAAAGAGAGAGAGAGAGAGAGAGGAGAACAGAGAGAACCGAAGGACAGUAGCUGUCUGAGCACUCGGAGCACCGACCACAGACCUCCGACUGAACCCUCAGGAUGGGUGACCAGUGGGGAGACGCUGUUUUCGCAGCCAGGCGACGGGGCGAUGACACGACGCGAGAGGCAGCUUUCACCUACACCAACAGCAACAACACGAAAGAUCCCUUUGAGGGACCCAAUUACCACAUUGCCCCAAGAUGGGUGUACAAUCUGGCUACAUGCUGGAUGUUCUUUGUGGUCGUCGCCUCAACCGUGACCAACGGCCUGGUGCUGGUGGCCUCAGCCAAAUUCAAGAAACUGCGUCACCCUCUGAACUGGAUCCUGGUGAAUCUCGCUAUAGCUGAUCUGUUAGAGACACUAUUGGCCAGCACCAUCAGCGUCUGCAACCAGUUCUUCGGCUACUUCAUCCUCGGACAUCCAAUGUGUGUAUUUGAAGGCUUUACAGUUGCUACCUGUGGUAUUGCUGGCCUGUGGUCUCUGACUGUUAUCUCAUGGGAGAGAUGGGUGGUGGUGUGCAAGCCUUUCGGAAAUGUGAAGUUUGACGGGAAAAUGGCAACUGCUGGAAUUGUCUUCACCUGGGUCUGGUCUGCAGUCUGGUGCGCACCUCCCAUCUUUGGAUGGAGCAGGUAUUGGCCUCACGGUCUGAAGACCUCCUGUGGACCUGAUGUGUUCAGUGGAAGCGAAGACCCUGGAGUUCAGUCCUACAUGAUUGUUCUGAUGAUCACCUGCUGCUUUAUUCCCCUGGGCAUUAUCAUUCUCUGCUACAUCGCUGUGUGGUGGGCCAUUCGCACUGUCGCUCAGCAGCAGAAAGACUCAGAAUCAACACAGAAAGCAGAGAAGGAAGUGUCCAGGAUGGUGGUGGUCAUGAUCAUGGCUUAUUGCUUCUGCUGGGGUCCUUACACUUUCUUUGCCUGCUUUGCGGCGGCUAACCCCGGCUACGCCUUCCAUCCACUAGCAGCAGCCAUGCCUGCCUACUUCGCCAAGAGCGCCACCAUCUACAACCCCGUCAUCUACGUCUUCAUGAACAGACAAUUCCGCGUAUGCAUCAUGCAGCUCUUUGGGAAGAAGGUGGAUGAUGGAUCUGAGGUGUCUACAUCCAAGACAGAAGUCUCCUCUGUGGCACCUGCAUAAAACACCAUGUAUACCUCACACAUUGGAUUCAAGUCUUAAGGACAUGGAAGAGAAACUCAAAACGGAACUUUUUAUAUACCAUUUUCAUAAUAGCUUUUCUUUCUAUUUCUUCUCCGGAGUGUGAUGGGAAAAUGCGUGACAGUGUUUGUAAAAGCAUUGCUUUCUCAACAGAGUUGAGUUGAGGCUGAUGCUUAACAGCAGCCGUAUGCUGGAAGGCGUUUUCAUAACGGAUGCAGAAUUCUCUCACCAUCAUUGACAAUUGUCUGAGAAACAGACCUACAGGUAGCUUUAAUGAAUCUACAGAGCACAUCCCUAACAGAUAAACGUACGACAAAAAAUAAGCAUGUCAGCCGUCAAUAGAGUCCAGGAAUAUUUGCCUUUACGUAGCUCUGCAAAUCUGCAAAUCGACACAGAUGAACGAGAACUGAAGAACGAAUCACCUCUGCAGUGAAAUCAGUCGUGGAUUCACACUCACACUCAUUGUGAAAUACUAAUGUAACUUUAAAUACCUUUUGUAGCCAUCUUGCAUGAAAACAAAAAUAAAAAAAAACUAAUAGAUAUAUGCUUAUGUACAGUAUAUAAUAUGGUUUUAUUUUUUUCUUGUGAUAAAAAUAAAUGCAGCAAAUUGAAAACAA